AUGCAGGCAGCCAUACGUCGCGGAGGGGUCAUCUGGCGCCUUGCCAUUACUACCCUCGGCUUGGCCGAUGUCCAGAACGUUGUGGGAUGUGGAGGUGUUCUCUCGACACGAAUCCCUGACUACGACGGCGAAUACGUGGAAGAUGGGUUAACCGCAAGGGAACUGGAUUUGAUAUGCGGAGCGUACAUGUGCAUCGAUUCAGGAACUGGCCAUACUGCUAUCAAGUCGUGGUGGCCCCUCGCCCGGGCAUAUGAACGUUCUGAUUGCGGGGAGAAUUACGGGCAUUGGUGCGACAGAACAGAGGCAUGGUAUCUGAAACGGUUACAUGACAUUGAGAAUGCUGUCGAAAACUUCGACCAACCUCUAGCUUUCCAACAAUGGAAGUCUCUCCAACGAGGCCUUAGGUCAAUUCGCUGUUUCCACAAUUCUCUCGAGUCCUCCUCCUAUGAUUUUAUUGCACGCUUUCUUGAACACAGACCACCCCUCACCGUCGCCGUUUGA